AUGUUUACCUCUGGGGAGUGCGAAGACCAGACAUACGUCCUCUCCCACCGUUCCAAGCAAACAGAGGAACACGAGCGACUGAACCGACAGCACAAUCUCAUCCAGCAGACCUUUCUCAACAAUCAGCUCAUACACCCUUCCAUCCCUUUGUCAGCACUAAAGGGCGGGGUUGCAGAUAUCGGCUGCGGAACUGGUAUCUGGCUGCGGGAAGUAGCUCAGUCCCUAUCUUCUCCAGGCCUUGAAAACGGAACUGGGGCCUUUACAUCCCCAACCACAACUCCCCUCCCGUCUCUUGUUGGCUUUGACUUGAACGCAGCCGCAUUCCCCGAGACCCCCACUCCGGGAAUACAGCUUGUGCAGCACGACUGCACUAAACCUUUUGACCCCCGCUAUCAUGGGCAAUUCAACCUAGUCAAUAUCCGCGGCCUUGCUUACGCCAUCACGGAGGAGAAGCUGUCUCGAGCGCUGGAAAAUGCAUUGCUACUCCUGAAGCCAGGAGGCUAUCUCCAGUGGACAGAAAGCGAAGCCCGACUUUUCAAACUGUUCCCAGAAGCACCCAACAUGCUCAAAGCACUGGAGAUCAUUGAUCUGGAGAGACGGGCUCGUGAUCUAGUACCUUAUUCCAAUGGAGAAGAUGCUCUAAAUAUUCUUCAUUUCAAUCUACGUCCCGGAGGGUUCUGUCAGGAGGAUGGGGAUCCAGAGGUGUCCCUCGACUUUUCAGACCAUCUCACAGAUUCUGUCAACCUUUUCCUGCACUCUGCGCUCAUGAGAAUGGAACAGCAACAGUCUCAGAAUGGAACUGCAGUUGAGAACGGUAAUACUGGGGAGACGGAACUGGAUGAACUGCGUAAAUUGAAGACUUCUGUUAGUGAGACUAUCGAGGCUAAACGUGUCAGAAUGGGUGGGAUCUUUCCUCAUCUUGUGGCGCAAAAGAAAUAA